AUGAUGAUGUGGCAUCCGACAUUCUUUUUUCUGCUGCCCUCUUUCAGCUUCCAUGCAACAGCCGAUCAAUUUCCGGAGGACGAAAUAAUGUUACCUGAUAAAAUUGUGAAGAUAUUUAUAGAUUCUGUUCACCUUUUCUCUGCUGUCAGUUGCAUCUCGGAAUUAGAUCGAAAAUUGACUUCUGUUUAUGUUGGCAUAAGAAGCUAUGAGUACGUGGAGGAUAACAAAUUUUAUGGUGAACUUUUAUUACUUACAGAAAUAACUUGCAAAGAACUGAAUGGAAAUAUUUCUGAAACACCAUUAAAUGUGCUUGAAAUGCCUGCUUAG